AUGAUCGUUUCAGCGUACUGGAUAGCCCAUAGAGCUGUGAAAACAGUUUUUGACCAUGAAGAUAGUCUCCGUCCUUCCUUGCACUCCACCGAGCGUGUGUGGGAGGCUGCCAAGGAACACUUCAAUGUGACAUCACAAGCUGAACUCCUACCACACGUGUAUAAACACUUCGAUAAAGCACAAUUCGCUGGAUUGACAUCAAAGCUAUCCCAAUUAGCUUAUGAAGGGGAUGAACUAGCGCAGCACGUGUUCGCUGAUGCUGGUUCAGCGCUAGCAGCACACGCUGCAGCACUCGCAGAUAAAGCACAGAGGAGGAACAGGAGGGAAAAGGGACAGGGGGAGGGAAUGGAGGAAAACGGAGGAGAACUGAAAACAAUAAGAGUUGUAUGUGUCGGCUCGGUCUGGAAGAGUUGGUCGCUGUUGAAACCUGGGACGCUGAAACAACUCAAUAAGAGACGUAUAACAACAAACCUUGAAUUUGUUCGUUUGCGUGUAUCGAGCGCUAUUGGAGCUGCCUGGCUCGCUGCUAAGAACGUUGACUUUGAUCUGCCGAGAGACGACAAGACGUACUGCGAGGUGUUCUAUACUUACACACCAAAUAUUAACAAACUAAGUAAGGUGAAUGGUCACAAUGGAAAAGAGAAUGGCGUCGUUGGCUGCGGAUGUAGCGAUUGGUCCUAUUGGAGCUAA